AUGCAGUUCGCACCGUUCCCGUGGGACAAUACCGAUGGGAGAGUCACAUUGGCUGGCGACGCAGCCCAUGCGAUGCUUCCACAUAGGGGCCAAGGUCUCAACAACGCAUUGAAAGACGCUAGCGAGAUUGUUGAUGCAUUAUCCCUGAAAGAUGCCAUCGACGCAUAUGAGGCAGAGAUGAUCCCUCGUGGUGCUGCGGAGGUCGGACUCACCCGACAGCAAGCAGAUAAGAGAAUCGAUGCCCAAUAUGAGGAUGAUUCUGUGCGAAUGUGA